GUGGCUGGCAGUAUGCUUGCCCCUGGAGGAACACGCAUAGAUGAUGGUGACAAGACCAAGAUGACCAACCACUGUGUGUUUUCAGCAAAUGAAGAUCAUGAAACCAUCCAAAACUAUGCUCAGGUCUUCAAUAAACUCUUCAGGAGAUAUAAGUAUUUGGAAAAGGCAUUGGAGGAUGAAAUGAAAAAGCUUCUCCUCUUCCUAAAAGCCUUUUCUGAAACAGAGCAGACAAAGUUGGCAAUGCUCUCAGGUACCCUGCUGGGCAACGGCACCCUUCCUGCCACCAUCCUCACCAGUCUCUUCACCGACAGCUUAGUCAAAGAAGGCAUUGCAGCCUCAUUUGCUGUCAAACUUUUUAAAGCAUGGAUGGCAGAAAAAGAUGCCAAUUCUGUUACCUCUUCUUUGAGAAAAGCCAACUUAGACAAGAGGCUGCUGGAACUCUUUCCAGUUAACAGACAGAGUGUGGAUCAUUUUGCUAAAUUCUUCACUGAUGCAGGUCUGAAAGAACUGUCCGACUUCCUGCAAGUCCUGCAGUCCCUGGGCACCAGGAAGGAAUUGCAGAAGGAGCUGCAGGAAAGUCUUUCUCAGGAAUGCCCGAUCAAGGAGGUGGUGCUGUAUGUUAAAGAAGAAAUGAAGAGGAAUGAUCUUCCAGAAACAGCAGUGAUUGGGCUUCUGUGGACCUGUAUAAUGAAUGCUGUUGAAUGGAACAAGAAGGAAGAACUUGUUGCAGAGCAGGCUCUUAAGCACCUGAAGCAAUAUGCUCCCCUACUGGCUGUGUUCAGCUCCCGAGGCCAGUCAGAGCUGAUCCUUCUCCAGAAGGUGCAGGAAUACUGUUACGACAAUAUCCAUUUCAUGAAAGCCUUUGAGAAGAUCGUGGUUCUCUUCUAUAAAGCUGAUGUGCUAAGUGAAGAAGCAAUAUUGAAGUGGUACAAAGAAGCACAUGUUGCCAAAGGCAAAAGUGUUUUUCUUGACCAGAUGAAGAAGUUUGUUGAGUGGUUACAAAAUGCCGAGGAAGAGUCUGAAUCAGAAGGUGAGGAAAAUUAGAUGCUCAAGCCAGAAGCACAACACCAAGUCACCACACAACACUUUGGAAUGCUGAAUCAUUUGAGAAGAGAAACUUGGCUUCUGUUUUCACAAAGGAAAUAAAGAAUAGAAUAGGCUUCCCUUGUGCAGAAGGGAAAAUGGUUUUGUUUUUGUUUUGUUUUUAUAUGGAGCCCUGAGGCAUCACCUAUUAUACUUGGGACUCUACCUCUCACUCACUAUAUGCUAACUUAAAGCCAUUCAACAGGAGUCAAAUAGAAA